AUGAAACCUGUCGCGCUUCUCGGGCUGGUCUCUGUGCCAGCGCUGGCCCUCAACAUCCCAGCACAACAGCUUCUCUUUCCCGACGCCGAUCUCUCUGGCUAUUACAACAAGCUUCUAUCGAAGCCUUCAGCCCAGGAAAUAUGCCCUCAAGCACCAAAGGUGGAUUCUCCAAAUGAUGGAUUGCAUUCCUCCGAUAUUUUCCUCUCGGAUGAGGCUUUCCGCGCUCGCCAGGCCGAUCGUCUUUCGCGCGCGGUCCAGAUCCCAACUACUGUGGGCGACUUUAUGGAUGACCCGUACGAUGAGGCAUUUGAGCCUAUGGUCAAGUUCCAAUCGCUUCUGGAAAAGAUGUUCCCCCUAGUACAUGAGCGCGCAGAGGUUGACCAUAUCAAUCGCCUGGGCUUAGUAUUCACCUUUAAGGGAGCUGACGCCACACAAAAGCCCAUCCUAUUCAUGGCUCAUCAAGAUGUCGUUCCAAUUGACGACCCUUCCGACUGGACUCACCCUCCAUUUGCGGGUACCUUCGACGGUGAAUGGAUCUGGGGCCGCGGAUCAAGUGACUGCAAGAAUGUGUUGAUUGGGUUGAUGUCCGUAGUUGAGGAUCUUUUGUCUCAAGACUGGAAGCCCCAGCGUACAGUUCUCUUUGCCUUUGGCUUCGAUGAGGAGUCGCACGGAUUCCUCGGCGCUGGCUCAAUCUCGGCAGCCCUUGAAGAAAAGUAUGGCAAGGACUCAUUUGACUUCAUUCUUGACGAAGGUGGCAUGGGUCUGCAGAGCCUGGGCAAUGAAGCUGAUGCUAACGAUGAUGUCUUGUAUGCCCUCCCCGCUGUCGGCGAGAAGGGUAGUCUUGACCUGAUCCUCGACAUUGCUGUUCCUGGUGGCCACAGCUCUAUCCCGCCUGCGCACACUGGUAUUGGCAUUAUGGCUCAGAUUCUGUAUGAGCUCGAGCGGAAGGAGCUGUUCCCCGCGUGGUUGGAUACCGACCACCCGGCACACGGAAUGCUCCAGUGCCAGGCCCGUUUUUCGCCAGACCAUGUUGAGACUUGGCUUGCGGAUAAGCUAGCUGCACAGGACCCCGCCUCUUUGGGAGAAGCUGUUGCUAGCUCUCGUGGCCCGGCAGUCCGGUAUACCAUGCAGACAUCACAGGCUGCAGACUUGAUCCAUGGCGGUGUCAAGACAAACGCUCUGCCAGAGAAGAUCCAGGCCGUGGUAAAUUAUCGCGUUGCACUUCACCAGACACCCGAUGAGCUUCUCGAGCGUGCUGUGCGACUCAUCACUCCCAUCGCCGAAGAGCACAACCUGGAAAUGCGCAUUGCAUUCCCUGGCAUGGAGCAGUCCACAGAGGGCGGUGCCAGUGAUCGCACUAUCACUUUCUCUCCUCUUAGUGUCCCCCUCAGCCCGGCUCCAAUCUCACCCACAAACCCUCUCACCUCGAAAGUUUGGGCGCGAUUCUCCGGUGUGGCACGUAGCGUCUUUGAAUCGCAUCCAAACCCACUGUCCAAAUCGAGCACCAAGCCUAAAGUGGUUGUUUCCGGUGAUGUAAUGACCGGAAACACGGACACGCGCUUCUAUUGGGCUUUGUCGAAGAACAUUUACCGCUGGAGUCCAUCUCGGGCAGGUGGCGCCCUGAAUAUUCACACUGUGGAUGAGCGUAUUCGGCUGGAUGUGCAUCUUGAAGGCAUGAUGCUCUAUUACGACCUCAUUCGUUCUUUUGAUAAUUGGAACGAAAAGUCCGAGUAA